ACUAAAACUUGUGUCAUCAAUAUACAAAAGGAAAAGUAAAAAAUUUUUUUAUAAAUUUCCAAUUUUAAAAAUUGUGUUUUAAUUAUUAAAUAAUUUAAAAAAUAUUCAAAAAAUCAUGGCUAAAACUUAUGAUUAUUUAUUUAAAUUAUUAUUAAUUGGAGAUUCUGGUGUUGGGAAAACUUGCAUUCUAUUUCGGUUCUCCGAAGACAGUUUCUCAUCUAGCUUUAUCUCGACAAUAGGCAUCGAUUUUAAAAUUCGUACAAUAGAACUUGAUGGAAAGAAAAUUAAAUUGCAAAUAUGGGAUACAGCUGGACAAGAACGUUUCAGAACUAUAACAACAGCAUAUUACAGAGGUUCAAUGGGUAUAAUGCUCGUAUAUGAUAUUACACAAGAGAAAUCAUUUGAAAAUAUUAAAAAUUGGAUUAGAAAUAUUGAAGAGAAUUCAGCAGAAGAUGUUGAAAAAAUGCUAAUAGGAAAUAAAUGUGAUUUUAAUCAGAGACGACAAGUUUCAAAAGAACGAGGUGAACAGCUUGCAUGUGAAUAUGGUAUAAAAUUUUUAGAGACAUCUGCAAAAUCAAGUAUUAACGUUGAAGAAGCCUUUUUAAUUCUUGCUACUGACAUUAAAGCUAAAAUGGAAAAACGAAUGGAAGCAAUUAAUCCACCAAAAGGUGGUCGUCAGUUAAGUAAAACUGAUCCUCCUAAAAAAACAGAUAGCUGGUUAUCUAGGUGCAGUUUACUUUGACGUGUUAUUAUAAAUUCAAAAUACCGAAAUAACAAUAAUAAUAAUAAUGAUAAUAAUAAUAAUAAUGAUAAAUAUUAUAAUUAUAAUAAUAUUUGUAACAGAAAUAUUUAUAAAAUUACUAAAUUUCAUUACAAUAAAUCACUUAAAAUUUUAUUAUUUAAUCUUAUUUGUAAUAAAAUAAAAAAUAUAUUGUACAUUAUGUGAACGGCCUGAAAUACACACAAACUGGAUAGACAAUAUAUUAUUUACGGAAACGAAAAAAUAAAAAAAAAAAUUGAGAGAAAAAUUAAAAAAAAAAUAUAAAAAUUCUUUUUUUGUGUAGUAUUUAUGAUUUUUAAAAUUAGAAAUCGAAGGGUAAAUAUUAUUGACAAUGAAAUAUGUAGUAUGUAGUACGAAAACUCAUAUAAUGUACAAUUAAAAAAAAAAAAAACAAAUGUUUUUUUUUGUAAAUUUUUUUAAGUAAAAAACAAGACAACAACUAGAAAACAGCACACAUUUUAUAAUAUUAUAUAAUAAUACUUAAAAAUAUGUAUACAUUUUUACAUUACAUUUAAUUAAUGCAUAUAGAUAUUUAUACUGUUUUUAAAUCAUUAUAACAUGAAAAUUAAACUAAAGAAGUAAAAAUAUAAAAAUUAAAAAUAUUUUUUAUUCAAAUGGAAAAAACAAAAAAAAAACAGAAAUUUUUCAAAAGUAAUUAAGAAAAGGAUGCCAUAGCACAAAAUAAUAAAAAAAAAUAUAAACGUGAAAAAUAGUGUAAUUCUAUAAAUUUGAUUUUUUAUUUUUUUUUUUAUUAAUUUUCUUUAUUUAUUAUUUUUCCUAUAGCUUUUUGUUUUGAUAAAUUAAAAAUUUUAUUAUUUGUAAUGUCAUUUUUGACAUAACACAUUGGUUGCCUAUGAAAAUGCAGAUCAAAAGACGUCAAAUUUACUUAUUCAGUAAUCAAAACAGUAAUUACUGAUUAGGUUAAAUUGAUGUUAGAUCUGUCUUUUUGGUAAAACCUCAUUAAUAUAAAAAAAAAAAAAUAAUUAAAAAAAUAAAUUUAAUAAAAAUCUUAUCCCGCGAAAAAUUUCCAUUGAAAUUGUAGUAAAUUUUAAAUAAUUUUUUUUUUUUAAACAAAAGUGUAUAAACAAUAUUUUUUUUUAAUUUUAUUAUACUUUUAAAUACACAUUAUUUAACAAGAAUCUUAAUUCUUGUAUUUUAAUAAUUAAAUAUUAAAUGGUGCUGGUUGUAAAAAGUUUAAAAUUUUUUUUUUUUUUAUAUAAAAAUUUUUAAUUUAAAAUAGUUGUUCGGUAUUUUUUUUUUUUUUAUAAAGGAAAAUAAUCUUGCAGCAAAAUAAUUAUAAUUUAAUAUGCAUAAUAUUUAAGAAUUUAAGAUGCAUAUUUUCUUUAUAUAAGUUAAAAAUUUAAUAUAAAUUAUACGUUUUUAUUAAAAAAUAGAAAAACGUUAAAAAAAUAAAAGGUAAAAGUUAUAAAAUACUUAAUUACAUUAUUUUAAUCUACUAUGAUAUAUUAUUAUUAUUUUGGAAUGGAAAAUUAUUUUGAAAAAGUUGAAAUUUUUUAAAUAAAUUCUCAAAAAAAAACAUAAAUAUAAAUACCAAUAUUCUGUUAAUCGCAUAACUGGAAGCAAUGUAAUAUUAUUGAAUAAUAUUUUGAUUUUCAUUAUUGAAUUUCAAGUUUUGUAAUUGAUUGAAUGGAACAAUCCGACAUGAUGGGUCAAAAUGAUGUGACUAACAGAAUUUGAAUGGAAAAUAUGAAAUAUACCUCCGAAAAGUUUUUAUAAAAAUAAAAUAAAAAGACAAUAAAAUUUUCAGAUUUUCAAAAUAAAUUAAGAACAUAAUUAAACUAAAUUUUACAAGAAUAAAAUUUUCUGAUAUAAAUAAAAUAAUAUUAUAUACUCUAAUCAACGUUCAUUAAUUAAAUAUAAUCAUUAAAAUAUAAAAAAAAAAACAGAUUAUAAAUUUUGUCUUAUUACAAUUUUCCAUACAAGUUUCUUUUAUCAGUGUCUUAUCACUCUUAUUAAUAAUAAUUUAAAAAAAUAAAAAUAAAUUUUAGUUUAUAUUUGUCUUAUAUUGUAAUUUAAUUAAAUUCUAAAUUAAUUUUAAUAAGUAUUGUGUUUAAUUGUUAAAUUUAAAUCAUAUUUUUUUUUUUUAAUGUAAUAAUUAUAGUAUAAAUUUCAUUCCAUCCCAUUCGUUUUUUUUAAAUUCUAAAAUGCGAUAUUACUGCAAGAAAUUUUUCCUAAAAUCG